AUGGGCAAUCAUCAAAAAGCAAAAAGUAGGGUUAUUGGACACUUAAUCAAAUCCAAAUACGAACAAGUUGGUCAAACAUACCUCCCGAGGGAUAUAAUUGAAGAUGCCCGAGGAGAUUUUGGAGUGAAUAUAAGUUACGAACGGGUUUAUCGUGCUAGAGAAUAUAGAUUGGUGUUCGCACGAGGGUCACAGAAAGGAUCAUAUAUUAUUGUUAAGGCAUAUGACGAGAUAUUUAAACUUGCAAACCCGGGUGUAAUCUUUGAGGUUGAAGUAGAGGAUGAACAAUACUUUAAGUACGUGUUCAUAGCAUUUGGUCUGUGUAUUAGGGGUUUCUUGAACUGCAUCUGCCUAGUAGCCGUUGUUGAUGAGACCCACUUGUAUGAGAAAUACAAAGGUAUGUUGUUAAUAGCAACGUGUAUUGAUGGCAAUAACAAUAUAUAUCCUAUUGCCUUCAAUAUUGUAGUUUAUAUGAACGAUGCAUCAUGGACUUGGUUCAUGACUCAUUUGAAGGCUUCAGUAAGAGACAUUCUAAAUUUAGUGAUUAUAUCAUAUCAUCACAUCUCAAUUGAAAAGGUUGUCUCCAAUAUAUUCUCUAAUGCAUUUCAUGCCCUAUGUAUAUACCAUAUUCAGAAUAAUUUGAUGGAUAGAUUUAAGAAUAAGGACAUAAUCCCACACUUCUACCUAGCAGCCAAAGCUUAUAAAAUGUCUGAGUUUCAGAUGUCUUGGGCUAAACUCUAUCAAUAUCCCGGGUGA